CUCACUCUCGAUCUCACCGCAGGUGGAUGGCACACCACGUGGCCCUCUUGCGCUAUCGAGUGUAAUUAUAACACAUUGGCUUUGGGCUUUAAAAUUACAAGCCUGCCCACGGAUUGUUUCAUCUUCUUCUUAAAAUAAUUUACCCCUUCAAAUCCGUGAGUAGGCCUUUUGUUAAGACAGAAUGCAGGUGUUACGGAGGUGCUUGUUGAACGGGAGGCACGUGGCGGAAAGAAGGCACUAGGACCGGGGAGAGUUCCCUCUCAGGAGCGCAGGCUAUGAGCAUCGCAUCCACAUGCGGGGCUGUGGAGGAAACCCCCCCAUCGGAUCUGGCAAUACAGGAUACUUGCGAUUAUAGCCAUACAUUUAUUUUCCAGUCUUUAGUGUGGUGCGGUUUGGCGGAGUGCGCAGUCCUGCGUUUGGGAUGGUUGGGCACACUCCGGAGAAUUCCUGAUCGAACCUCUUGGAGCAAAGCGAGCAGGCAGAUUUAGGGGGGAGUUCAGUAGGCUACGCGCUUCCAUUGCCCCCCGUUCGUUUUGUAAAUGUCAUAUUUUUUGCCUUUUAUUUUGUAGUUGGUCAUAAUAAUUUCGUUUAUUUUUUUUUUACUAUAGAAACCCCCUUUUCUUCGAUCUCUCAGUCUCUCACCUAAAUGCACUUGUGUUUAUUGAGUGAGCUUGGCACUUUUUCAUCCAUCUGAGAACAGAAACAAGAUCCACAUUUUUCUCUUUGGAUUAAACUGCCGUUUAAACCGCCGCGGCUAUCGUCUGAAUGGGUGAUCUGGUUGAAAUCCAGUUCUUCAGUGGCACCCUGUCCCUCCAUGGAAACAUGUUCUCUCUGGCUGGUCCCCGUCGCUGUGAUGUCCGAAGCUUUCUCCACUGACUGACGAACGCCAGUGGAUCAUUUUGUAAAGCGAUUUGAAGGCUGUUAGGUCAAGGGGAAAAUGAGGCCUCCUAGCCCUCUCCUGAUCCUGCUGUAUGUCACCCUGUCCCGCGCCAUGAAGACAGUCUCUAAGAGAGGCUCAGUUGACCUCUGUACAGACUGGUCAGUGGACUACCUGAAGUACCGUGUGCUGCAGGGAGAGCCGGUGAGGCUGAAGUGUGCCCUGUUCUACGGCUACAUCAGGGCCAACUACAGCCAGGCUCAGAGCGUGGGCCUCAGCCUCAUGUGGUACCGCAGCACUGGCCUGGGCCACGGAGACUUCGAGGAGCCCAUCUCCUUCAACGGCGUGCGCAUGAGCAAGGAGGAGGACGCCAUCUGGUUCAGACCGGCCGACCUGCAGGACGUGGGCCUCUACUCCUGCGUUCUACGGAAUUCAACCUACUGUAUGAAGGUGUCCAUGUCUCUCCACGUGGCUGAGAACGACACAGACCUCUGCUACAACUCUGACAUGAGACAUAUGGAGAAGGCCGAACUCAGCAAGAGCAAAGACAUCACCUGUCCAGACAUAGAGGACUACAUAGAACCUGGGAAAGACCCCCAUAUCACCUGGUUUAAGGAGUGUCGUCUUAAGCAGUGGCGGGCCUCCAUCCUCCAGAGAAGAGACUCUCUGUCCAUCAGAGAGGUCAAAGAGGACGACAUCGGCAACUACACCUGUGAGGUCACCUUCGGUAGCUUCGUGGUACACAGGACCACUGAGCUCACCGUCACAGCUCCUCUGACUGACAAGCCACCAAAGAUCCUUUAUCCUUCUGAGAACAAGAUCAGCAACAUGGAGCUACAGCUAGGAAGUGCCCUGAACCUGACGUGCAGAGCUUUCUUCGGCUACGCAGGGGACGCCAGUCCGCUAAUCUACUGGAUGAAGGGAGAGAAGUUCAUCGAGGACCUGGAUGAGGAGAGAAUCGAAGAGAGCGAAAUCAAGGUGGUCCGGGAGCACCUGGGGGAACAGGAAGUGGCCAUCUCUUUAACGAUCCACUCGGUGGAGGAGGGGGACCUGGGAAACUACUCCUGCUACGUAGAGAACGGCAACGGGAGACGGCAGGCCAGCAUUCAACUCUCCAGAAGAGCAGAGCUGAUGUACACGGUAGAGUUGGCUGGUGGUUUGGGAGCCAUCGUGCUGCUGCUGCUCUUCCUCAUCUCUCUGUAUAAGUGUUAUAAGAUUGAGCUCAUGCUCUUCUACAGGAGACAUUUCGGCAGCGACGACCUGGAUGGAGAUAAUAAGGACUAUGAUGCGUACCUGUCCUACACUAAAGUAGACCCUGACCAGUGGAGUCAGGAGACCAAGGAGGAGGAGCGCUUUGCCCUGGAGAUCCUCCCUGACGUCCUGGAGAAACACUACGGAUACAAACUCUUCAUCCCAGACAGAGACCUCAUCCCCACGGGAAGUCUGGCCAAUGAGCUUUACCAGGAUGACACAAGACUUCUUAGAGCCUACAUCGAAGACGUGGCGCGCUGUGUGGACCAAUCCAAGCGCCUCAUCAUCGUCAUGACGCCCAACUAUGUGGUGCGGCGGGGGUGGAGCAUCUUCGAGCUGGAGACACGCCUCCGCAACAUGCUGGUCACCGGGGAGAUCAAGGUGAUUCUGAUCGAGUGUGCCGAGCUGCGUGGCAUCAUGAACUACCAAGAGGUGGAGGCCCUCAAACACACCAUCAAGACUCUCACCGUCAUCAAGUGGCAUGGCCCCAAGAGCAACAAGCUCAGCUCCAAGUUCUGGAAGCAGCUGCAGUAUGAGAUGCCCUUCCGCCGCACCGAGCCAAUGCUGAGCCACGAGCCAGCGCUGGAUGUCAGCGAGCAGGGCCCCUUCGGCGAGCUCCAGACAGUCUCCGCCAUCUCCAUGGCAGCCGCCACCUCCACCGCCAUGGCCACGGCGCACCCGGAGCUCCGCUCGUCCUUCCACAACUCGUACCACACCACCAUGCGGCAGAAACACUACUACCGCAGCUACGAGUACGACCUGCCACCGGGGGGCACGCUUCCGCCGCUGUCAUCACUAGGCAACCAACACACCUACUGCAACAUCCCACUGACGCUGCUGAACGGACAGAGGCCGCCGGCGGGGAAGAGCCGCGAGCACAGUCUGGAGGAGGAGCACACUAACCACGCCAUGCUGCCGCUGUUGCCCAGGGAGACCAGCAUCUCCAGCGUCAUCUGGUGACCGGGACAGGAUAGAACCAUGCGAUACUAGCGGUUUGGUCUGGCCUGGUUUGGUCUGGUCUGGUUUGGGUUGGAUCACUUUGGAUCGGUUUGGUGGCGUAGUCACGCUUCUAUGAGCCAGUUCUGAUUGGCUACUGUAGCUAUAGCUGAGAGAUUGUGACGAGUUUGGGUUGGAAUGGACCCCUGUCAACAGGCAAGACAGGGUCAGGUUUGGAUUUAACGUGGCCCUCAUGUACACAGAGGAGAAGUUCUUCACCCGAGGAUUAAAGAUUCAGACUGACAACAACAAACUGUUUGAUCAAGAGACAACAGAGUUUGAUCAACAUGAACUCGUGAAUACAAAAUGAAAGAACCCACACACUUUGGCACUUGUGCACUUGCACACACACACACACACACACACACACACACACACA